AUGGCUAAACGUAUUCAAAAACCUACUAUUACUGUUUCUACUGAUAUUGAUGGAAAUCAAGAGACUAAUAUUACAAAUGAUGAAAAUAAUAUGACAAUCGAAGAAACAUAUCAUGGUAAAGGUAGACGAACAUCAUCUUAUAAUCAUAAUAUAACAACAUAUGAUAUCAAUGUUUAUAAUGAAUAUGGCAUUAACAAUCAAAUUAUUACUUAA